AUGGAGACUUCCUCGCCAUUUGACAAGCCCAGUAGCUCCGAUACAGCCAAUUUCCGUAUCGAGGAGAUCCGUGGUUAUUUAUUCAAAAAGACGCGCGAAGGCAAGUGGCAAAAGCGAUGGUUUGAGACGAAUGGCUGUUUUCUCACGUAUUACAAGAAACAAGGUCAGAAGCUACUGGCAGCACUGAAUCUACCACAAGUUGGUGCUAUUACGCUCCUUCAAGAAGAUAACGCUGAUGGUCCUGGUCUCUUUACCAUUGAACUAAAUGAGCGCGUGUACACUAUAAAGGCACGCUCCCAUGACGAAGCUCAAUUUUGGGUAGACGCACUGCUAUGGCGUCAGGCAGGUGGUUUGGUGACGCAACAGUCUCCGGACAAGAGCAAGGAGAAAGUCGGUGAUCAGUUUGAUAAUGUCCACAACUCAACAGCUUCUUCUCCUACGAAGAGGUCCAUGCAUGAGAUGACAGCUGUCCAAUAUGACGUGGACGUGACGACUGAGAAUCGAAAUGACGUAGGCAAGGAUGGAGCUCCAUGUGCGGCCUGUUGUGUUAUUUGUUAG